AUGAUAUAUCCAAUUUCAAAAGUCACGGCGAUUUCCACCUUAUUGACCUUACCUCCACCUUCUUCGCAUUUCUCCUCCAAACCUAACGCCGCCGUUAAACUCUCCGUUAAACCUCCCUUGAACAACACAUUAACAGCCUCCUCGUCAACACCGUCGCAAUCUCGCGGAGUAACCGACAAGCUCAACGGCCUGGCCUCGGAAUUCGCGUCUCUCUCGGAACCAAUCGAGCGCGUUAAACGGCUAUUGCACUACGCGUCUCUCUUGCCUCCGUUAGACCGGUCCGACCGGGUUCCGGAGAAUCGUGUAUCCGGUUGCUCGACGGAGAUUUGGGUGGUGGCGCGUAUGGAUUCAGGGAGGAAGAUGAGGUUUAAGGCGGAUAGCGACUCGGAGAUUUCGAAGGGGUUCUGUUGGUGUUUGGUGUGGAUGCUGGACGGGGCGGAACCCGAGGAGGUGCUUACUGUGGAGAGAGAUGAUUUGGUGAGAAUGAAUUUAGGGUUGAAUAUUGUUAAAUCGCGUUCGAGGAUUAACACGUGGCAUAACGUUUUCUUUGCCAUGCAAAAAGCUACUCAGGAUUUGAUUUGA